GACGCGGGGGCUUCGAUGUUAGUGCACAUGUUUGGGGCAUACUUUGGCUUGAUGGUGGCCCUUUUUACCGCAAGGCCCGGCGACGUCCAAUCACAGAGUUUCAAAGAACUUUCUGUCUAUCAUUCUGAUAUCUUCACUAUGAUUGGAACGCUCUUCUUGUGGUUAUUCUGGCCGAGUUUCAACAGCGUAUUCGUGGAGGGUGAAGGUCGUCAGAGGUCAAUCAUCAACAGCUACCUCGCCCUCCUUGCUUCCGUUGUUGUGGCUGCAACCAUUUCUGCCCUGGUCCAGAAGAACAAGAGGUUCACCAUGAUCCACAUACAAAAUGCCACACUUGCUGGCGGGGUAGUUAUGGGUACGAUGGGGAAUUUAAUUGUUUGUCCGUGGGUGGCCCUACUGAUGGGGACGCUCGCUGGAGGGCUGACCGUGCUGGGGUACCACUUCAUCACCCCAUGUUGUAACCAAAAACUAAAAAUACACGACACGAGAGGGGUCCACAACUUGCACGCACUUCCGGCUAUACUGAGCGCCAUUGGUGGAAUCGUCUGCGCCGCACUUGCAAGCCAUCAAGUUUAUGGAGACAGGGGACUUCUUGAAACGUUUCCGGCUAUAUUUAGCGGCAGAACGUCAGCUGAGCAAGCAGAGUUCCAACUAGCUGCCCUCGCUGUAACCAUGGCUAUCAGCUUAGCUGCUGGCGUUGUUACUGGUUAG